AUGCUCGGCCUCGAUUUCACCGCGACGCGUACGCAAAUCGCAUCCUACCUAUUUGGCGUCGCGCUCUUCAGUAUCAGCUUCCUCGUCUUCCUCAACAGCUCUAUAUCCUUUGUCAUUACACAGCGCAUCGGUCAAUCGCAUAGUGUGGGCGAUGCGGUCGGUACUCUGGGCUUUGCAGAUGAAUUGGUCGCACUGGUCGCAUGUCCGGCCUGGGGUUUGUUGAGCGAUAGGGUGGGCGUGAGGAGUGUUGCUGUAAUGGGCUAUGCGAUUGUCGGUAUAUCGCUGUGGGUGUUUGUGCAGGCAAAGAAUGUGUACCCCGAGUUGUUACUCGCGCGGAUACUGUUCAGUUUGGGUGGGACUGCGACCGCGACCAUGGUCACUGCCAUUCUGCCCUCGAUGACGAUUGUCAAACCCGUAAAGUCAGAUCCGCGAUCCCCGACGCACAGUCGGGGCAGGUCACAUGCGCCUGCUGCAUCGAUAUCCUCCGAGUUGACAAUCACACCUGCCCGCUUCCGCUCCACGUCUCCAGAAGAGCAUGCGCAAAGAGCGCCGGCAAAGGAUACUGGCGCAUCUACGUCGCAACUUGCAGGACUUGUUGGCGUAUUCACUGGAUGCGGCGCCCUCGUCGCCCUCUUCGUCUUCCUGCCUCUCCCAACUCAGUUCCAAAACGCUGGCGCGCGCCCAGCUGCCGCCGUCGCAGAUGCUUUCUAUGUUGUCGGUGCAAUCGCCAUACUCGUAUCUCUGGGCUGUUUCUUCGGGCUUCGCAAUCUCCCUGGCGAAGAAGCAAAAGGCUGGAGACGACUAACUAGCAAAGGCGACUACAAAGACGUAGACUCGCAUCUCACGCGCGACGUGGUACUAUCAUAUCCGCGCCUCUUCCUUGAGAGCAUCCGCCUGGGCUUCACAUCUCCAAACAUCGGACUGGGCUACGCAGGCGGUUUCGUCGCGCGCGCAUCUUCAGUCGCCAUAUCACUCUUCAUCCCACUCUUCACAAACCACUACUUCCUGCAAACCGGACAAUGCAAAGCAAACUCAAAGAUACCAUCCGACAUCAAAGUCGCAUGCCCAGAGGCCUACAAGCUCGCAGCAAUGCUGACAGGAAUCUCCCAACUCAUCGCCCUCAUGAGCGCCCCUGCCUUUGGUUUCCUCGCAGGCCGCUUCCCCCGCUACAACAUCCCACUCUGCGUCGCAGCCGUAUCCGGAAUCGGCGGCUACGCAGCCUUUGGCUCACUAACGAGUCCAGACUACAAGAGCGAAGACGGCACGGGCGCCAUCUUCUUCAUCGUCGCUCUUCUUGGCAUCAGCCAAAUCGGUGCUAUCGUCUGUUCUCUCGCCCUGCUAGGCCGCGGUAUCAACAACGAUGAAGUUUCUUCAAAUUCUUCAGAUUCGCUGUCUGUGUAUGGUGGUCAUACCACGACUAGUCACCCUUCUGCGGGCGCUACACCACCGCAUAGCGGACCUAUAACGCCGGUAGAUGAAAACGCACCGUUGCUACCGGAGUAUGGUCAGUAUCACUCGCGCUCGGCGUCGUCGUCCAGACCCUCGUCGCAUAACAAUAUCAAGGGCUCUAUUGCUGGCACGUAUAGUUUACUCGGUGGCUUCGGUAUUUUGCUGCUUACAAAGGCCGGUGGCGCCUUGUUUGAUAGCAGUGGGCCUGGUGCGCCGUUUUAUAUGAUGGCGGGCUUCAAUGCGAUGUUGUUAGUUGUUACUGUGGGAGUGAGUGGGUGGCAGGCCUGGGGCAGGUGGAGGAGCCAGGGUAUGUCUUGA